AUGGCCACAGGGAAGCCGCUCAGGCAGGGGGGGAGGAUCAGGAGCUGUAGCCGCCUGGAGCCCCCCGGGACCCGGUCGCACUGCAGCGGCGGGGGGGGGCAACUGCGCAGCCAAAGCGGGUGGGGGCCGCGCAAGGCCGAAGGGGAGAGAAAACCAGAGCGAGCUUCUUUCCCCUUUAAGAGCCCUGAUGGCCGCCGCCCAGACCCAGCGGCCCGGGGACGAAAAUGUCGCGAAAGAUUCCCUUCCGAACUUCCCGAGUCUUUGUUCGGGAGGAGGCCGGGGCGGGCGGCUUCGCUGGGCGGAGGGCUGCGGGCUGAGCCGUGCGCUCCAUGGCGGCCACGGUCACGGCGGCGGCGGCGGCGGCGGCGCCCCCCGCGCUCGCCCCCCGGGGCGCCCCCUCCCGGCCCGAGCCCGGGCCCGGCCCCCGGCCCCGGACCCCGCCGGCCGCGGGGGGCGCCGAGGGCUAGGGCGGGAGAGCGGGCGCCGCUUACCAGGUCAUCCCGGAGUGCCCCGCGGUCCCGCCGGAGUCAAGUUCACGUCCGGCCGGCGGACUGUCCGAGGUCCCGGCGCGGCCGCGCAGAGCGAGGCCGCGAGAGGCCGCCGGCCCGGGUCACGCUGCACGCGGCCCCGCGGCGCCGCUGUCACCCCGGUCCCGCGACCCCAACUUUCCGCACAGUCGCGGAGCUGGAAGUUUCCGGGCUUCGCGGGCGCUGGGCUGGGUUUCUGCAGUGUCGUCUGAGCUUGGCAACAAAGAGGGAAAGCAGGCCGGGAGAGGGGAGAAAAGAAAGAAAUACGAUGGGGAGAGGCCCGGCUACUGAGAAAUCUCCACGACUUGAAAUUCCUCCACCCGAAGCUUUUUUUGGAUGUUUUUUCUUAAGUGGUGCCGGAGAGCUUCUCCCCUCAGUGGAUAUUUGCCCUUCCAAUGAUUUCUCUGAUGUGAUUCUUUCUGGAGUUGGUCCUGGAUGCCCACGUGUAGUUCACAGAAGAGGCUGCGCCUGGGGGCACCUGAUGGAUGCUGCUCAUCCACCUGGAAACUUCAGAACUUACCAUGGGGCUGAGACCACAGAAGGGGCAGAGGACCGAAAAAUGCAUCCAGAACUGCACGUCUUCCUGAAGCUUGAACCCACCCAUUUGCUUUCUGAUGUGUGGUCACUGGUGCUCAGUUUGUCCCCAAAGGGGAUGUCACCCUAGCUCCAUCAAAAACUGCCAAGACCUUGUUCGGCCUGGCUUCAUGGGCACGUAGCCUGUGCAGUCACCCCAUGCUCUAUGCUCUGCUGUCUCUGUCUUAAAGUUCUUUUUUUGUUAA